AUGUCAGCUCUUGAACCACGAAAUGUUAUAUAUACGUAUACUGGAAUUGGAAAUUUCUUUACACCAUUUGUUAUAUUCUUUGUCAUUGGAACAGUUGUAUCAUUUGGGUUGACAAUGUUACAUAUACCGAUGACAAAUAUGAUUAUUGAUUACGUACGACAACGUGAACUGACAAAGGAAGAAAAGAAGGAAGCAAAAAGGAAAGAGAAAGAAAUGGAAGAGGAAGAAGAAAGAAAGGAAUCAAAUAGGAAAAAGUAG